AUGGAGAAGCUGGAAAUCCUUGAGGCACAAGCUGCACACAUCUCAUUAGAGAUGAUAGACAAAACAAUGAAGAAGCCCUAUGGCUUAGUAGAGGAUGUCCUGGGACCUUCUUGGGUCGUAAUUGCUAUCUUAUUGGUUUCAGCCAUUUUAGUUGUUAGAAAUCCGCAAACCAUUCCCACUUUUGGUCAGAAUUUCUUUGAAUAUGUCCUCGAAUUCAUUCGAGAUGUAAGCAAAACUCAGAUUGGGGAAGAAUAUGGUUCGUGGGUUCCCUUUGUUGGAACUAUGUUCUUGUUUAUUUUUGUUUCAAAUUGGUCGGGGGCUCUUUUGCCUUGGAAAAUAAUACAGUUACCUCAUGGGGAGUUAGCUGCACCCACAAAUGAUAUAAAUACUACUGUUGCAUUAGCUUUACUUACAUCAGUAGCAUAUUUCUAUGCGGGUCUGUCGAAAAAGGGAUUAGCUUAUUUUGGUAAAUACAUCCAACCAACUCCAAUCCUUCUACCAAUUAACAUCUUAGAAGAUUUCACAAAACCCCUGUCGCUUAGCUUUCGACUUUUCGGAAAUAUAUUAGCUGAUGAAUUAGUAGUUGUUGUUCUUGUUUCUUUAGUACCCUUAGUAGUUUGGCACCUCGAUGUUGGCUCUUCGCCACCUGGGGCUGUAGUAUGUUCCAAGGGUUGGACUGUUCACCCAUUAAAGCGGUACGUGAGCUGGGUUCAGAACAUCAUGAGACAGUUCGGUCCAUAUCCGGUGUGGGCAUUAGAGCAUUGA